UGUGUGUGUGUGUGUGUGUGUGUGUGUGUUCUCUCUUGUUUAUCGUCAAAAUGUCAGUUGUGGAGUAACUGAGUUUGUUAGGGAAAUAAAUGAGGCAGAUUCUGUACAGAAAGAUUAGUUUCAUUGGGCUGAAGUCGUGUCAGUCAAAGUUCAACCUCCGUGGUUGGAUAGUUUAUGAUGAGCGCUCGUUUUCCUUCACCGCGCUGCCCGCUCAGGUUUAAUGUAGCCACUUAGCUGGGAUGUAACUAUCGCCUCAAGCUUUGUUAGUAUGAAAUCAAAGCUUCUUUUCAGAAAAAAAAUACUUUUUGUCCAUCUCUUUUUAUCAGCCCGGUUGCUUUUUCCUCGAUACAAAUCUCUAAUGUAAAGAUGUAUGUCAUAUCUUUUGUAAGAUAUGAUAUGGAAGCCGAUUGAUUUGCUUUAAAAAUAUAUAUUGAUAUGCUUUAGGUCAGUUCAAGAUUAUGGUUUUAUUGUAAAGGUUACACAGAAGUCAGGCUCAGGCAUUACGGUUGUGUUGUGUGGCAGUCAAUAGUUGUGGGAAUUCAGUUUUGAAGCAUGUCUUAACCAAUUUUACAAGACAGAAUGCUGCAAUUCGCCAUGAAAAGAAGAAAAGACAAACCGAAAACACCCGCCUCAAUGCGCGUUUUUUUGUCCACAUCUCGCGAUGAUUGCUGACGGUGGCGUUGUUCGGGCGAGCCGACGACGAGACUGAAGCUGUCUGGAAAUUUGUCUCGUGGGUUAGACUCAAACGUAUUCUUCAUAUUUGACAUUUUUUGUACGUGGGACAAGUUAAACGCUCCGCAUUUUAACAUACGCCACUGUUAGUGUCCCGAAUUAGACUGGACAAUGGCUGCCGCUGAGGUAAACGGUAGCUCUGCCCCGGCUAAGGAGGAAGAAGAGCCCAUGGAUGUGACAACAACACACACAGAGAACUACCAGACACUUAUUGACGCUGGGCUGCCCCAGAAAGUGGCUGAAAGUCUAGAUAACAUCUUCCAAACGGGCUUGGUGGCCUAUGUUGACCUAGACGAAAGGGCCAUUGAUGCACUUCGUGAGUUCAAUGAAGAGGGAGCACUUACUGUGCUCCAGCAGUUCAAAGAGAGUGACCUGUCCCACGUACAGAAUAAAAGUGCUUUCCUCUGUGGAGUCAUGAAGACUUACAGACAGAGAGAAAAACAAGGAAGUAAAGUACAAGAGUCCACAAAGGGCCCAGAUGAGGCGAAAAUAAAGGCUCUGUUGGAGCGGACAGGAUACACCCUGGAUGUCACCACAGGGCAGAGAAAAUAUGGCGGUCCCCCACCUGAGGAUGUGUUCAAAGGAAUACAACCAGGGAUUGGAACUGAGGUGUUUGUUGGAAAAAUCCCAAGGGAUUUGUAUGAAGAUGAGCUGGUGCCGCUCUUUGAGUCUGCUGGGGACAUCUGGGACCUCAGGCUAAUGAUGGACCCUCUCUCUGGUCAGAAUAGGGGUUACGCCUUCAUCACAUACUGCAAUAAGGAUGAUGCACAAAAGGCUGUAAAGCUUUGUGAUAACCAUGAAAUCCGCCCUGGCAAGUACUUGGGAGUGUGUAUAUCUGUUGCAAACAAUCGCCUGUUUGUUGGAUCAAUUCCAAAGAACAAGACAAGGGAAAGUAUAUUGGAAGACUUUGGCAAAGUUACAGAGGGUCUCCAAGAGGUUAUAUUGUACCACCAGCCAGAUGACAAGAAGAAGAACCGUGGCUUCUGUUUCCUGGAGUACGAGGAUCACAAGUCUGCAGCACAGGCUCGCCGCCGCCUAAUGAGUGGCAAGGUCAAAGUGUGGGGGAACCCAGUCACUGUAGAGUGGGCUGACCCUGUUGCUGAACCAGACCCGGAGGUCAUGGCUAAGGUCAAGGUGCUUUUUGUAAGAAAGCUGGCCACAGCAGUGACGGAAGAGCUCCUUGAAAAAACCUUCUCUCAGUUCGGAAAGCUGGAGCGAGUGAAGAAAUUAAAGGACUAUGCUUUUGUCCAUUUUGAAGAAAGGGAUGCUGCCGUAAAGGCAAUGGAUGAGAUGAACGGGAAGGAGCUAGGAGGAGAGGAAAUUGAGAUAGUUCUGGCAAAGCCCCCAGACAAGAAGAGGAAAGAGCGCCAAGCAGCUCGGCAGACCACCAGGAAUACAGGGUAUGAUGACUACUACUACUACCCACCUCCACGCAUGCCGCCACCAGGCAGAGGCAGGGGUCGUGGUGGCCGAGGGGGCUAUGCCUAUCCACCAGAUUACUAUGGAUAUGAUGACUACUAUGAUGACUACUAUGGCUACGACUAUCAUGACUACCGUGGUGGCUAUGAAGACCCUUACUACGGCUACGAAGAUGUGUACAGCAUGAGGGGCCGCGGUACUCGUCCUAGCAGGGGGGGGCCUCCUCCACCUAGAGCUCGUGGAGUGCCCCCGACACGAGGCCGGGGGGGCUACGCCCAAAGAGGGCCGCCCCUUGGUGGUCCAAGGGGCGGCCGAGGAGGGCGGGGAGCCCCUUUCCAGCCGCAGAGGGGUCGCGGUCCUCGCGGGGCCAGGGGCAAUCGUGGUGGUAACGUCGGUGGAAAGAGGAAGGCAGACGUGUUUAACCAGCCUGACUCCAAGCGCCGCCAGACCAACAACCAACAGAACUGGGGGUCCCAGCCCAUCGCCCAGCAGCCCCUGCAGCAAGGGGCCGACUAUUCCGGUGGAGAAACAUUGAGAGCGGCACCACUAGAAUGAGGAACUCACCUGAACGGUACUCAAGGGCUAUGAAGAACACAAGUCACUAAAGUUGACUGAAGAAUCAUUGGAAAUAUUAAAAUUAAUUGUGUUAACAGCAUUUUUCUAAGGAUUAGAAUUUAUAUAUAAUAAUAUUUCCUUCACAGACAUAGUGCAUAUUUCCCCCAUAAGCCAAAUGAAAAGUCAUGCACAAUUUUAAGAGCCAAAUGGCUGUUUCUUUAGACUGGAAUAUACAGCCAGAAGGCAGACAGUCAAGGAUUUGGUAAGCGCUAUAAACCUCCAACCCCUGCAAACACCUGUUGCAUGUCUUGGCUCACUGCACCAAAAUCACCUCAGCUGUCUGCACACAUUCUGUGAAUGGAGGGUGGUGGUGGACAUUUCCCCUCCUUCACCGCUAGAGGUAGCAGUUCCACACCAGCGCGACUAGUGAUCCAUUCAUUGUUCCUUUAUCCGACAAUGCAUUUAUUGGCCUUUUUCUUAUCUGGAAAGGUGGUAAUUAAUACGUAGAUAUUAACUAGAGGUUAACAAAGAGCUGUUGUCUAAAUUGAUUCAAAUAGCAGUGGGGAUACUGAAUGAAAUACUGCAGAAAUUGGCUGAUGUCGGAACAAUGGCUGUGCCUCAAAACAGAUGUCUGUACCCUGUAAGGCCACAAGAUGGCAGUAGAUGGGCUACAGCAUUUAUAUUGCACAGGCAGUAAAGGAGCUGCCCGCAUCCAUGUGAAUGAGUUCACACAAAUGGAAGAGACUGAUUGCUCUGAAUCAGGAGACUCUUCUCCACAAGCUGCAAGCCAGACUCAUCACAGGAGAGAUGAAUGAACUACUUAAUGGACUGUACACUUGAGGUCCAGUACUCAUGCGAACAGUAGCUGUCCCAGCUCAGCAGAAGGCACAGAAGCGUAGGAGGAUACAGUUGAUGGACAUGAUCCAGCCCUCCAUCCAGCAGACAGCUGCUUCCUUAUCCAGCUUGAAUAAUAAUGUAAAGGGAAAUGAUCUGUUGCAGUUGAUUGUUCAAUACAGUUUAUUACCCAAGUAAA